GCAUUUUCCUUCUUCUCAUAUAUAUAACUUUGGCUGCUGCAAGUGAGCAACCGAAUCAUAAACCCUAAACCAUGGCGACGAAACCAGCUAAAGAAUCCGUGCAAUGCUUCGGGCGUAAGAAGACAGCCGUCGCCGUCACCCACUGCAGACGCGGCUGCGGUCUUAUCAAACUCAACGGCUCCCCGAUCGAGCUGUUCCAGCCUGAGAUCCUCAGAUUCAAGAUCUUCGAGCCUGUCCUUCUCCUAGGGAAGCACCGCUUCGCAGGCGUGGACAUGAGGAUCCGUGUCAAGGGUGGUGGUCACACUUCCCAGGUCUACGCGAUUCGUCAGAGUAUCGCUAAGGCGCUUGUGGCUUUUUACCAGAAGUACGUUGAUGAGCAGUCGAAGAAGGAGGUGAAGGAUAUUCUGAUUAGGUAUGAUAGGACUCUGCUUGUGGCGGAUCCGAGGAGGUGUGAGCCGAAGAAGUUUGGUGGUCGUGGGGCUCGUUCUCGUUUCCAGAAGAGUUACCGUUAAGACAAAUCUGGUUUGGGGUUUGUUGUUUGCUAAACCGGAAAUGAGUUGUUGAAUUGUGAGACGUUAGAUUCUCAUUUGCGUUUUUUUUAUAUUAUUAUCGUUGUUAUUGGAUAAUGGUUACUUCGCUAAAGAACUUAUGUUUUUUUUACGAUGUCUGCUCGAUUACUGUCUUGCUUUGCUUUAUUAAUUGAUUGGUCGGUGAAACUAUUUUGGUA